AAAACGGUACAAUUGAAAAUUGGAACAAUAAAAUGCAUAUAUUGCUACUAUUUUUACUCUGAAAUUGAAAUCGCCAGUUUCUUCAAGAACCUCUAGGGUUUUGCAGUGAAUCUCCCGCCUGAGCUCAGUGAAGCAGAACUAGCUGCAAAACUGUCAAGCAGAGGUUGAGAUGGAAGUUGUUCCAAGAGAGGUUGAUAAUGCUCUGUCUGGUCCAAGGCCAAUGGAAUGGUCUGUUGUUCCACAUGCUUCUCAAGCACAUGAAAGGAAUGGAAACAAACGGACAUCUAGUCUGGAAUCACCAAUCAUGUUGCUGACUGGUCAUCAGAGUGCUGUAUACACCAUGAAGUUCAAUCCUGCUGGAACUUUCGUGAACCUCAUCGCCAUGGCUUUCACACUCCAUGAUGGUGGCGGUGGCGGCGGCAAACGGUAUCAAAAAGUGCAGACCCACUUAUUGCUGAUGACAGGCGGGUUCUUGUUCCUGAUCUCGUUGCUGGGGCUGAACGCUACAUUGCGCAGAAACAAUUUCGUGAUUCCCAUCUAUUGGACCCCGAUGUUCUUCCUCAUUGUGGGACUCAUCAUCUUCAUGGACUUUACCACAUUCGUUAUUCUGGUUACAAAAGAUGCCGCUAGAAAGGAGUUUUCCAAAAAAGAGUGUCCGCAGCACAGGACCGUUGAUUACACCAGUUAGUUGAAGAACCAUUUUAGCAAUGGGAAGAAGAAGAAUCUGUUUUGGAGUUUGCUUGGUGGACACCCAUAUCUGUUAUACAGGUAUUUGUUUAAAAAAAAAGGUUAUAUUUUUCCGUCAUGUGAAAUUUGGUUUGAUUCUUUUGAUGAAAUAACUGACAUUUAAAGUG